AUGUAUGGUCAGAUAGAGAGACUCAGCGACAAAAAAGUCCAACUGGCUAAAGAGAUGUACGAAGCGGUUGACGGGUUUGUUCGCAAUAAUCAUGAAAAAAAUGCAGAUGCCGAAGGAUCGCGCGAACAUUUCAAGAAAAUCUAUCUUCACAUGCCUGACCAGCAAGAUGACCCAAUUUACUGCACCUGCAAGCAGAUGUCAUUUGGCAAAAUGAUAUCCUGUGAAAAUCCUUCCUGUGAAAUUGAAUGGUUUCAUUAUUCAUGCGUUGGUCUGAGCAAGGAGCCGGAAGGUGAGGCA